AUGUCGUCGCAUCUCGAACCCGAAGGAAACUCUGAUGAAGAGCCCAAGGAACCUGGCACCUUUGGCAACAGCACCGCGCCGAGCAGUUCAAUUCACUCCAGACUGAGUGUUCCCGAUCAGUCAUCUCUGCCGGCGGGUGACGCUUCGCAGCCGCAACCGGGGGGCGCCCAGGUGCGAAGCGCCCCUUCGGCCCGCGAGGCCUCGGCGGUCGGGCAGCUGACAAUGCCAACACCUGCAGGUGUGAGCAAUGGCCUCUUUCUCGCACCUACGCCUCCCUUCAAUGUUACUCCAUUAGUCAACACGAGGAUCAACUCCUCCAUGCCCCAUCUCGUCCUCCAGGUCGACGAGCCCUUGCGCCAGAAGAUUAUAGACCGGAUCCAGACCUCCUGGGACAAGAUGCAGAAAGUGGGCAUGAACGCCAGCGCCAAGUGGAAGGAGUACGGCAAGUACGGCAAGGACAAGAUCAACUCCAGCCGCCAGCGGAACGCCGAGCUUGGCCAGGCCACCAACUUGAUGGAGUACCUCAUAGCCUGCAUGGGGAUUCUAACCAAGACCAAGGACUGCGAGUGGUCUUGUUGA